GUCCUCUCUCAACAAGUUCGCUCCCUUAUUGGUGAUGGGAAUCAAGCGUAUGUAGACAGCAACUUACCUGAAGCGAUCCGGAUGAUGCAAGAAGUCAUACGCAUUGAACCGCGCGCGGCGAGUGCUUGGUCUGUCCUUGCACAGUGCUAUGAAGAUAUGGAACAAGGGCAGAAGGCGCUCCAGCUUAGGAUCAUGGCGGCUCACCUUCGACACGAUGCGGAUGAGUGGGAUCGAUUGGCGAGGCAGUCAAGGGAACAUGGGUAUAACCAACAGGCGUUAUACUGCUAUCGAAAAGUAUAUAGUCUUGACCCGACAAAUGUCGACGCGUUGUGGGAUCGAGCAUCGUUGGCAAAGGAGAUUGGGGAUUUUCGAACAGCUCGCAACGCGUUCACAUCAAUCCUUAAACGGUUUCCACACGACCUGACCGUUCUUCGCGAACUCCACACCAUUCUCGUCGAGCUCUCCGAACUCCCAACUUGUGCCGACCUCCUCCAAGCCGCGUUUGAC